GGCCGUCGCCGUACGCACGGAGGCGCGUUGCACAGUGGUGAGGAAACACGGUUGUCGCUGCGUCGCGAUACUACCGGUUGUGGAUGUCGUGGGUAUGAGAUCGCUCGUCGAACCAAUGCGUCGAGUCGUGAACAAAUCAAAGAUGUAGGUUGUCGCAAUGGCACAGAGAACAGUGGUAUAGGCCGUCUCAAUGCCAGCUGAAAGCCACAAUGACAUCCUCCUCAUCGCAUUCCAUGUUGAGUCUAGAACAUCGCACGUUAGCCCUGGUACCCCACUUCCGGAAUGCAAGCAACCUCACCUAAACGGCACGAAUCGAUCGUCAGUCCACUGCCAGCCCGGGUCGUUGUUGGGGUUCUGCUCGCGGAUGUUGCGCGGGUAGCAGGUGUGGGUGACGGGCAGGUUCUCGGGCAGCAGACUCAGCACGUCGGGCAGGCGCAUGCCGACGAUUUCGAUUUCCUUGAUGCUCUCGCGCGCCUGGCGGAUGAGGUCGUUGAGGUCGCGCGUGCACUGCGAGAGGUUGUAGGAGGCGAGUUGGCGCACGCAGGUGUUGGGCGUGUUCCAGUUGUGGGCUUGUGGCGGGGAGGGGAGGGCGGUGGUGAGAGUGAGGAGGGUGAGGAGGAGAUGCAGGAGCGAGGGGAGGAGGGAGCGUGGACGGGCCAUUGGAGGGAGAGUGAGGGAUGUGGGGUUGGUUUGAGGGAGUGGUGGACGUGCUGCGUUGUGGCACCACAGGUUUCAGUUGGUGUGGAAAGAAGCAGGGUGUCUUAGGUGGAUGAAAGAGGGAAAGAAGUGAAGAAAGGGAUGGUGGAAGAAGGCAAGG